AUGGGCCUGCUGAACAUCUUGAAGAAGAUGAAGAAGGAUGAGAGAGAGGCCCGCAUCUUGAUGCUGGGCUUAGACAACGCGGGCAAGACCACAAUCUUGAAGACCUUGUCGCAGGAGGACAUCAGCCACAUCAUGCCAACCCAGGGUUUCAACAUCAAGAGCCUGGUGCAAGACGGUUUCAAGUUGAACGUGUGGGACAUCGGUGGCCAGAAGACCAUUCGCCCGUACUGGAGCAACUACUUCGAGUCCUCAGAUGCACUGGUCUACGUGAUUGACAGUUCUGACCGGAGACGGCUUGAGGAGAGCGGACAGGAACUGCGUGAACUUCUUGCUGAAGACAAGCUUGGAGGAAUUCCUUUGCUGGUGUUUGCCAAUAAGCAGGAUCUUCUUCAGGCGACUCCAGCCGAUGAGAUCGCGGCAGCGCUCGAUUUGGCACGCUGGGAUGGAGUCGGGCAGAUUCAGACUCGAAGCAUGCGAUUUGCAGCCACUUUAGCAACCUUUGGCACAACGUUGCUCGGCAAGGCGUGCAGUGCAAAGGACGGAAGUGGAUUGGAGGAUGGCAUGCAGUGGUUGAUUGGUGUUAUCAACGAGAAGGCUGGUCAUUCCGCCGGGCUGCGCAACGAUCCUCGGCCGCUGAUUGAACUCGGCAGGCGUGAGAUCGAGCUUUUUCCCUCAAAUCCCGGUGAGAGGAGGUCUAUAGAGAGCAGCCCGCUUCAACCAUUUUGA